AUAGUUUUCCCAUGCAAGCGUGUCUCGACCCUUGAGGUAGGGUUAAAUAGCGUAUAAUAGCGUCUGCCACAAGACCUUGAUAGAGUAGUCCUCAUUAACAAGGAUGCAUUCGUCAUUUUGCGUGGGGGUUGGCGAGUACUACGCAAUGAGGCCUCUAUCCCAACGAGAAGUUUUAACUUAUAUGUAAGCGCAACUUGACCGUACACUGUCAAGUAGCUGUUCGGUAUUGAUUCUAUCGCGCGAACUGCAGACCAUGGCGUCUAAGACUACUGGGCAGACGUCUUCGGCAGAGGUUGGCUUCGAAGCACCGAAGCUUUCUGAUAAAUACGCCGACGAAAGCUACAAGCUCUUCUCUCAAGUCAAGGUAGAGCCGCCUACUCCAGAAGAGGCUGAGCGCAUCCGUAAGAAGAGCGUCAGAUGGAUAUUGUCAUUUCUUUGCGUCGGGUAUCACCUGAUGUACGUUGACAAGCAGACGCUUGGGAGUUCAUCUAUUCUCGGAAUUCUCGAAGACGCGCAUCUAAAUUCUAGCCAAUAUAAUUGGCUGUCGUCCAUCUUCUACUUUGGAUACCUAUUAGCUGAGUGGCCUCAGAACUGGGCGUUACAACGAUUCCCGGUUGCGAAAUGGCUGGCUGGAAACCUGGUUAUCUGGGGUUCCAUCUUGUUACUACAUAUUCCCUGUAAUAGCUUCGCAUCUCUCUUCGUCGUUCGCUUUUUCCUUGGACUGGCGGAAGCGUGCAUUGUACCCGCUUUCCUAUUGACGCUAUCCAUGUUCUUCACGUACGACGAGCAAGCCGUUCUAAUGCCCAUAAUGUGGGCUGCUGGGAAUUCCAGCCCCAUAACUUCAGGCUUGCUCUCAUAUGGGGUUCUGUGGAUAGAUACGGGGAGUUUCUCAUCUUGGAAAUGGUUCAUGGUCAUCACGGGAGGCCUGACUGUGAUAUACGGUGUUUUCGUCUGGCUCUUCUUCCCUGAUAACCCGAUGUCCGCCCAUUUCUUGACUCUGGAGGAACGCGCGCAGGCCAUUCUCCGUAUAGCCUCGAACCACUCCGGUAUUGAGCAGAAGCGGUUCAAACGCUACCAGCUAAUCGAGGCGCUGAAGGAUCCUAAAACCUGGCUUUUCUUUCUCCAUGCGUGGUCCCAGGAAAUGGCCAAUGGGUUGACUAACCAAUACUCGCUUAUCAUAAAGUCGUUCGGCUUCACCACCUUGCAGACUACGUUACUAGGCUGUAUUACUGGUCUUACUUCGCUAGUAUCUCUCGGAGCCGCCGCCCUAAUAUUGUCCAAGACGCGCAACACACGAGCGUGGCUCUCUGCUGCCGCAUACAUACCGCCCAUUAUCUCCAGUAUAUUACUCAUUACUCUUCCCUGGAGCAACCGUUGGGGGCUUCUAUCAGCCAUAUGGAUCAGAUCUACCGGAGGUAUCCCCUACAGUGUAGUUAUGAUCUGGGCGGCCAACUGCUCGGCGGGACAUACGAAAAAGACUGCUGUCAUCGCUCUAUACCAUGUGGGGUACGGCCUAGGUAACAUCCUAUCGCCGCAGCUGUUCCAAGAGCAAUACAAGCCUCGAUAUAUCGUCACCUGGUGGGUUAUUCUAUGGAUAGCGUGCGUGCUCCCGACAUUUAUCGUUCUCUACCUUCGGUGGUACUUGGUAAAAGAGAAUAAGAGGAGAGAUAUACUAGCUAAGCGCGGCGAAAUAAGAGAAGUCGGUGUCAUUGAGCAUAUUGAUGAGAGUGGUGAGCGGCGGGAAGAAGUGGUAGAUGCGAGACAGUUGGAUCUAACCGAUAGGGAAAAUCUGGCAUUCCGAUAUGUCCUAUGAUGUGGUAAAGCUUUAUAGAUACGGGAUAUCUGCUAUUUAAUGGACAUCAUGCGAGGUUCGCUGCUCAGACAUUAGGCAACGGAUCUAGCAUUAAAAUCUACCUAAGUACCUAAGAGGUAGGUAACAAAUCUGAGGAUCUCUAGCAACCAGUGACUUGAUCUUCUUGCCUACUACCUUGGGGUGCAGUGGUUAGUAGAAUCAUAAAAUACAGAUAUUUACCUAUGCUUCAAUCUUCACUUAGGUGCCUAGGAAAUCAAUUCUGUAAUAAUAGAUAGUGUUCAUAUUAAUUAUGAUUA